GGGCUGGGGGCCGUGAUAGGGCUGGGGGACGUGGCGGGGUUCUCGCUGCCCCUCCAUCGCUGCCGGCCCUCGGAGCUGUGCCUCCCUCCCCUGGGGCUGUUCCGUCGCGCUGGAGAGCGAUCUGCAGGUGCUGGCAGUCACGUUCUGCGCCUUUAGCUCUGCUGCGCCCACCCAGUUACCCGGCCUUGGAGGCGCUCCCAGGCCUUCGCGAGGUGUUGCCCGCCUCAACGUACCCCGUGUGCUCAGACAUCCGCAUACUGCUGCAGUCGCAUGCAGAAAGCAGCAUAUAGGAGAGAAAAAAGGCUUUUUGUCAGGGCAGCCCCGCAUGCUUUCGCCGUGAGGUCACUGGAGUCAGCAAAGCGUGUCGUGGUUUAUCCUGGCUCCGUGUUUCCAAACCGUGCCCUGGCACUUUGGGGUGGAAGAGUGCAGGCAGAGCUCUACCGCCCUGCCUGGCCCUGUGGUGUUGGAACCUCUGAGAUGAAAACGAGAGCUUUUAAUUCAUCUGAAGCCUGAGAAACAGGAACUUGCAGGAGAAAUUCUGAGGACAGCUGGGCGUUGAGCUGCGGGUUGGUGUGCUGCGCAGUGAGCAAAGUGACCACCUGAAGCAGAUCUAUGGAAAGCACCAAGGAGGGAAGGCAACACAAGUCAUGUAUCCUCCAGCCUGAGGCGCUGAGUGGAGGAGUUACUGUCAUUUUGAACACAGAGCCUGUCAAGACUCGUUUGUAGUCACAAGUACAGCCAGAGAACAAAGGAGAAGCGAGUGGCAAAGUCUCAAGAAAGUGAAGGUUCAACUGCUUGCGUUUAAGGGAGCUCAGCUGUGGUGCCAGCAGAGAGCAACCAAGUGGCUUCUCAGCUCUCCCCCCGGCACAGCGAGGCUGGGGCAGCAGAGCAGCAGGGGGGACCCGCAGAGCUGCUGUGCGGAGCUGCUGCUGCCGGGCUGAUGAAGACGGGAACGCUCAAAAGAGAAGGACCUGGCACGUCCUGGUAGGUAGAAGUGAGGUUUUGUUCGCGUGCCAUGGCUCACUUCUGCCAGCCCUGAAAGUGCUGUAAAAGGUGAAACAGACCCACGGGUGUACCGAUGGAAAAGACAGGAGACUUUCAGAGUUGCCAGAACAAGAGUGAGGAGGACAUCCCAAAGAGUUCCCCGUUUGACUUUGUUAUAAAACAGUUCCAAGGGAAGAGGUCCUCUCCUGGAAAAAGAAAAGAACAGCCUUCAGCCAUCCAAAAGUUCUUCAGUGGCUUUGACUUUGGGAAAUCAGAAGGCAGAGAAAGACAAGAAACUGAAGAAACAGAAAUAAACAACUGUAGAGCUGAUGAUCAGAGCGAGAAGGAAAAUCUCUCAGCAGAAGAUGGAUCUUCACAGCUGAUUUCUGAAGCGGAGUCACCAUCUGGUGAGCAGAGAUUUAACCAGCUCAUGCAGAAACUGGGAAAGAAACCCAACAGCAAGAACCUGGAUCUCAAUAAUUGUGCGUUAAGUGCAGCAGAUGUAACAGAGCUGGCUUCUUUACUGCCAUUUCUCCCAGAGCUGGAAGAGAUCAACCUGUCCUGGAAUGGUUGUGUUGGAGGGACUUUGAAAACCCUCACUGCUCAGCUCCAUCACGUGAACCUGCUGAAAGUCCUUCGACUUAACAACUGCAGGCUGUCAGCAGAGGAUGUCACCUCCUUAGGAGAGGCAUUUGAAAUUGUUCCUCAACUUGAAGAACUGGAUUUAUCAUGGAACAGUAAUAUAGGUGGAAAACUAUCACUCCUGACAAAAAAACUUCAGAAAGGAUGCAGGAUAAAACUUCUGAAAAUUACAGACUGUAACCUGACGGCCAAAGAUGGAGAAUCCCUUGCUGAAAUACUGAAUGUGAUCCCAAACCUCGAAGUAUUAGAUCUCUCUAUCAACAAGCACAUUGGCUGCAGCAUGAAGGUCAUUGCUCAGGAUCUGAAAAAUGUGCCGGGCCUCAAGGAGUUGAACUUGCACAUGUGUGGAUUAAAGCAGGACAGCCUCCAGAGCUUAGACACCGCUUUACAGCACCUUGCAGCACUAAGGAAAUUAGACAUAUCGUGUAACAAAGAGAUUGGUGGUGGCUUUAAAGGCUCAACAGCUCAUUUGGCCAGCUUGAAAAAUCUCGAAGUCCUUGACCUCCACCAGUGCUGUGUCACAGAAGAAGACGUGACCGUUUUGUCCCAGGUGAUACCUUUACUCUCCAGUCUUCAAGAGCUGAAUUUAUCCUCGAAUAAAAACAUAGGAGUCUCGUCUGAUCCUCUUCUCAGCAGACUCAGAUUUUUACCAAAGUUGAAAUCUGUGGCCAUCAGCAAUUGUGCUUUAGGCGAGGAGUCCUUUUCAUCGCUAGCUGAAGCUGCCCUUCACCUUCCUGAACUGGAGAUAUUAGACCUUUCUUGGAAUAAGUGCGUUGGUGGAAACCUAAAGCUGCUUUUGGGAGCACUAAAGCUUGCAACGGAGAUUCAAGUGUUAAGACUGAGCAGCUGUAACUUGGUGGCUGAAGAUUUGGCCCUUCUAACGUUCCUGUCUCAUGAUGGCCAUCUAGCCAGAUUACGGAAGCUGGAUUUGAGUUAUAAUCACAACAUCUCUGAUGAAGGGUGGAUGGUUUUCUGUCAAGGCUUAGCAGUAUUCAAAGAACUCUCAGAGCUGGAUGUCAGCCUUCGCCCGUCAUCCUGCCGUGCCUGUGGGACGUGGUUCAGUGAGUUGUUAGCAGCACUGACAAAGCUGCCCGCAUUGGCAGAGCUGGGGAUGCAAAGAUGGGUCCUUUCAGAAUCGCAGCGUAAACAGCUGGAAAGCUUUAAUCAAGACAACAAAAGAAACAUUCGUUUUGACUGUUGAUGGAGGUUGGCGGUUUCUGGAAAGCCUUUCACAUGCAACAUAUGAACUAAGUACUGUGUGUCUCUCACUUAGAAAACUGUGCAGUUUCUAGUAAUCCCUUCUCAUGAGAGAACUUGAAAUAGUUCAAAAUUUAUAUAAAAACAGUUAUUUAACUUUC